UGGUCUGUGCCAUCUGUCGCGUCUUAAUAGAAAUGGAACGUAGGUACUUUACUAAUGGAAAAGUGUAUUUGAUUCGUAAUAUAAAUACACAAAUCUAAACAAAGUUGAUUAAAAUGAGCAAAUUUAUGGAAGUGAACUUGUCCGGUUACAGUGUAAAUGAAGAGGGGACAAGAAUUAAAGAUCAAUUCUGUCAUACUUGUCUGAGAAAAAAUGUACCGUUUAUUAGUAUGAUUAAUUGUGAACACUCUGAAAUACUAAUCAACUUGUUGCAAAUGAAGGUUAUGCAACCCUACAAUUUCAUUUGCCAUUGGUGUCACAAUACAGUGAAGAAAAUAAAUAAAUUCAAAACAAAAGCAUUGGAGAGCUAUAAUAUAAUGAACAGUGGGUUCGAAGGUAAAGACGAUACAAACAAGUACUCACACAAUCUCGAAUUUUCAAAAAUAGAACUUCAAUACGCCAUCAACUCUGAACCAAUAGAAUUCAGGACCAUACCGCAUACCGUCGAAAAUGAUACGUUUCAAUUUGGAACCAAAAUUGAAAUAAAAGUUGAGGAUUUAUCUGAUUUCGAAAAUGACUUGCCACUGGUAGAAAUCAGUAAAAAGAAGAAUAUAAAUGAAAUUAAUAUUGAAAGUCCUGUUGGUAAUAAAAUAUUGUCAAAGAGAACACCAGAUAGAUCGGUACAGAUUAAAGAAAAGGCAAAGAGUAUUAAAAAAAAAUCGGAAAAAACGAGGAAACAGCAGAUAAAAAAACCAAAAGAAGUAAAACCUCGUUCGCAAAAAUGCGAGGGUAAAGUUAGAAUUGUCGUUUUGUCUGAACACGAAAUGCUGGAGGAUAGAAAGUUAGACGCUUCUAAUUCUAGGUAUUUGAAGUUGCCAUACAAAUGUGAUAAAUGCAUCACAGCUUUUGACCAUGAAUUGAACUUGAUUGAGCAUUUGGAGAAGAGGCAUAAAAAGGAACCCGGCAGCCUGGUUUGCAAUAUCUGCGAGUCUGUUCUCAACACAAAGUUAUCUUUUGAAGAGCAUUAUAAAAGACAUUACAGGAGAUACGAAUGCAUGGCGUGUGGGAAAAGGAACAACAACGUUUACUCCGUAUUGAAACAUUACAACGACACGCAUGGAAAAGUUGAUAUGAGCUUCACUUGUAAGCUCUGCGAUUUCACUACUGAGUCGCACCGGAGCUACCGCUAUCACCGGGACAAGCACCGCACGGCUAAAGUGGAAUGCCAGCAGUGUGGCAACACCUUUGUGAACAAGGCGGGACUACGGGUGCACAUGUUAACCGUCCACAAGCAGUCCAGCCGCAUAUACUCGUGCGAACCGUGCGGUAAGGUGUACCGCACAAAGUCCGGACUUUCCGCACACAUGACGUUCACGCACGCGGAUACCGCGCCUGCGUACUGCGUUGCGUGCGACCUGAGCUUCCGGUCGGAGUGGGGGCUGAGACACCACCUGAAGACCGCGUCCAGGCACAUCUCUGAAGAAGACAAGAGGUUUACCUGCAGCGAAUGCGACGCAAAGUUCCUUGCCAAGAGACAACUCCAAGAACACAUCGACUGGAUCCAUCUGAACUGCACAAACCACACCUGUGGGAAAUGCUCUAAGUCCUUCAAAAAUGAAAGGAAUUUAAAACGCCACACGAUGUUCGUACACGAAAAGAAGCGACCGCCGAGAAAUAAAAUAUGCGAUCACUGCGGAAGGGGUUUUACAUCGUCGACAAUUCUCGUCUCACAUAUACGCACACACACCGGAGAGCGGCCUCUGCAAUGUGUGCACUGCUCUGCGACCUUUGCUCACACAGCCGCCCUGUACACACACAACAAAUUGUUGCACAACAAGCAGCAAUAAGUAUACUCGUAACUACAGUGCUACAAUACGAGCAACAUUACACCAUAAAUAAAAUUAUUCGUUGUAUUUUA